GUCCGGCCCGGAAGUUGUGUAGUUUCUGAGCGCUAGUUAGCCUGUUAGCUAUGGGUGUUUGUUUUAGAACCGGAAGCUGAUUUAGCUAGUCUAAGUUGUUAGCAGCUGCAGUGAGAAGGUUUUCACCUAGCCGCCAUGUUGGGGUGAAUUUGCGUAUUUAAACUAAAACCAGGAAGUGUUUAGCUGCGCUAGCUAGCUAGCUAGCUAGCUGUUGGUUUGUCAGCUGACUCAUCACAUGACUUCUAGUCUGUCCGGGUUGCACCAGAGAAUCUCUUCAUUUCUCCGCAGACAUCCAUACCAAGCUGCUGCAGGAAGAUAAAUGGAGAAAAAGUGAAGAUUCUCCAUCAUGAGGGAAGAAUGAGGCUGAAUACCCAGUGAGGAGGAGCAGCAGCCGGGGUAAACAAGCGAGCUAAAUCUGGUUUCUGCUGGUGGACCUUUCCUAAUUUGGGCGUUGAAGAGAUCUUUGAAAAUGGGUCCAGAUGGGAAGAAGCUGCUGAACAUCAUCAUCCUCGGCUUUGGCUUCAUGUUCAUGUUCACUGCUUUUCAGACAUGUGGAAACAUAGAGCAAACUGUUAUCAAGAGCUUCAACAGCACCGAGUUUCAUGGGAGCGGCUACACGAGCAUGGCCAUCAUUUAUGGUGUUUUCUCUGCAUCCAACCUGGUGUCCCCCUCUGUGGUGACAGUCAUCGGACCCCAGGUCUCCAUGUUCCUCAGUGGUAUUUUAUACAGCGGUUACAUCGCCAUGUUCAUCCACCCGUUCACCUGGAGCUUCUACACAGCGUCUGUGUUGGUCGGCAUCGCCGCUGCAGUUCUGUGGACUGCUCAGGGAAACGUGUUGGCCAUCAACUCCAGCGACGGCACCAUCGGCAGAAACAGCGGCAUAUUCUGGUCGCUGCUGCAGUUCAGUUUGUUCUUUGGGAAUCUCUACAUUUACUGUGCCUGGCAUGGACACGUCCACAUCACUGACCACGACCGCAGGACGGUGUUCAUCUCUCUCACCGUGAUCAGUUUAGUCGGCUGCUUCCUCUUCUUCCUGAUCCGGAAGCCUGACCCAGACUCUUCCUCUCGUUCUGAGGUGACGGAGUCUCUGCUGCAGACAGAGUCCAUAGACGGGUCCACAGACAGCUCAUCUCCACCGGACCUCUGCUCUCAGGCUCUGGAUGCUUUUGUUAAAGCCUGUAAAAUAUCGGUCACCAAGGAAAUGCUGCUGCUGAGCGUCUCUAUUGGAUACACAGGUCUGGAGCUCACCUUUUACAGCGGUGUGUACGGGACAUGCAUCGGAGCCAUGACACGCUUUGGGUCCGAUGCAAAGAGUUUGAUCGGAAUCUCUGGAAUUUGUAUCGGCAUCGGAGAGAUCAUAGGAGGGGGCGUCUUUGGGCUGCUGAAUAAAAACAACCGUUUUGGGAGGAACCCUGUGGUGCUGCUGGGACUCAUCACUCACUUUGUUGCGUUCUUCCUGAUUUUCCUCAACAUUGCCAGUGAUGCUCCGCUGGCACCAGAGGGCGGGACAGAUCUGAAGGCUUUCAUCACACCCAGUGUCGGGGUGGCGUUGCUCUGCAGCUUCCUGCUCGGACUGGGAGACAGCUGCUUCAACACGCAGCUCCUGAGCAUCGUCGGCUUCAUGUUCCGCGACAACAGCGCCCCUGCCUUCGCCGUCUUCAAGUUCAUCCAGUCCAUCAUGGCCGCCGUGGCCUUCUUCUACAGUAACUACCUGCUUCUCCACUGGCAGCUGCUUAUCCUCGUCAUCGUUGGCUUUUUGGGAUCCAUCUCAUUUUUCGCAGCCGAGACGGUCGCCGAGUCCAAAAAGAGGGACUCGGACUACGACAGCAUCUGAAGCAGGACGUGUUUGGCUUCGUCAGCUGGAGAACCAUCUGACCAGAACUCCAGGUGAUCGAUGCUGAGGUUUGGGUUCCACCGAGAGGCUCGGUUUGUUGCUGGAGGUAGAAACUCAUCUUUAUCUGAAAUAUGGAGUCAAUCAGAAGGACAGACUGUCAUCUCCAUUCUUUACUGCCUGGUUUCACUCUUUAAAUCUGACUUUAUUACACUUUGCUUGU